AUGGCAACAGGAGUAGCAGCAUGGCUUCCUUUCGCUAGGGCAGCAGCCAUUGGCUGGAUGCCUGUUGCCAACUGCCCCAUGCCUGUUGCCCCGAGAGACAACAGUAAGAGACAGGACGAGCUGAUCAUCCUCAAUGUCAGUGGCCGUCGUUUUCAGACCUGGAGAACCACUCUGGACCGCUACCCAGACACCCUACUGGGCAGCUCUGAAAAAGACUUCUUUUACAAUGAGGAAACCAAGGAGUACUUCUUUGACCGGGACCCUGACGCCUUCAGAAGCAUCCUCAACUUCUACCGGACGGGGAAGCUCCACUACCCCCGUCACGAGUGCAUCUCAGCUUACGAUGAGGAGCUCACCUUCUUUGGCAUCAUCCCUGAGAUCAUCGGUGAUUGCUGCUACGAAGAGUACAAGGACAGAAAGAGGGAGAAUUUAGAGCGGCUGCAGGAUGAUCAGGAGGAGAACAAGGACAUGAAGCUGCCCAACAUGAACUUCAGGGAGACCAUGUGGCGAGCCUUUGAGAACCCCCACACCUCCACCAUGGCCCUAGUCUUCUACUAUGUCACUGGUUUCUUCAUCGCCAUCUCAGUCAUCACUAAUGUGGUGGAGACGGUGCCGUGUGGUUCCACUGCCAACCAGAAAGACAUGCCAUGUGGCGAGCGCUACACCGUGGCGUUCUUUUGCAUGGACACCGCCUGCGUCAUGAUAUUCACAGUGGAGUACCUGAUGCGCUUGUUCGCUGCGCCUAGCCGUUACCGUUUCAUGCGCUCUGUGAUGAGCAUCAUCGACGUGGUGGCCAUCUUGCCGUACUACAUCGGCCUGGUGAUGACCAACAACGAGGAUGUGAGCGGCGCCUUUGUGACGCUGCGAGUGUUUCGAGUGUUUCGCAUCUUCAAGUUCUCCCGUCACUCACAGGGCCUUCGGAUCCUGGGUUAUACACUGAAGAGCUGCGCUUCAGAGCUGGGCUUCCUCCUCUUCUCUCUCACCAUGGCCAUCAUCAUCUUCGCCACGGUCAUGUUCUACGCAGAGAAGGGCUCCAGCUCCAGCAAGUUCACCAGCAUCCCAGCCUCUUUCUGGUACACCAUUGUCACCAUGACGACGCUGGGGUACGGAGACAUGGUGCCAAAGACGAUCGCUGGAAAGAUCUUCGGCUCCAUCUGCUCUCUGAGUGGUGUGCUGGUGAUCGCCCUGCCUGUCCCCGUCAUCGUCUCCAACUUCAGCCGCAUCUACCACCAGAACCAGAGAGCAGACAAACGCCGUGCUCAGAAGAAAGCCAGACUGGCCAGGAUAAGAAUAGCCAAGUCCGGCAGCGCCAACGCCUUCCUCCAGAGCAAACGCAACGGAGUGCUCAACGAACUGCUGGAGCUGAAGGGUACAGAAGAGGAUGAGCAGAAGCUGAACAAGCCCAUUUCUCUGUUAGAGAGCCAACACCACCACCUACUGCACUGUCUGGAGAAAACCACUGCUCAUGAGUUUGUGGACGAGCAGCUGUAUGAGCAGAACUGUUUAGAAACAGCGCUGCAGACCUACCCCUCACGUAGCCCCUCUAUAUCCAGCCACAACAGUGCUGUGGGUACCUGCUGUGGCCGCAGAGUUAAAGGGAACACUCCUCUGCCCAAUGCCAGCACGCCCUCCGCCCAUCCCAUCCCAACACACCAGGGCCCCCUGCAGGAGCUCAGCGCCAUCCACAUACAAUGUGGUGACCUCCCAUCCCACACCGCCAGUCGAUCAAACCUCAACCUGAAAACCGACGACAGCGGCAGGAUCAACUGCAAAGGUGGCCGAAUCACCACAGCAAUCAUCAGCCUCCCGACGCCCCCCGCUUUGACCCCUGACGGCGACGGCCUCCACGGGCCACCGCAGAGGAGGCCGCCCCCACCCCCGGGUCUUCCGGCACCCCCGAGCAUCCAGACCACAACGAGCUCAGCUGGCACCAAUAUCGUCAAAGUCUCUGCUCUGUGA